AUCUGAAAUCGUGAAGCUUAUCGACAAAUAUUUACUUUGAGUAUUACUAACAGAAACUUAUCGUUCAUCAACAUCGAUUUAGGUGACUAAACAACUCGAAUUUAUUUGUAGUUGUAAUUCACACUUAACGUAUCUCACGUAAAUUUCACUAAAUGUAUUGUUUUUUUAAGAUAAAACGUUUUUAUUUACACUUGAUAUAUCACUUUUUAAGUCUGUAGUCAUAUGUAUCUGUUAACAAACGCGUGUGAAUUCAAUAGAAACAUACACCAUCAAGUUAACUUUGCUUGGAUUUUAGAAAUGUCCGAAUGCCACAACGAGCUCCUUAUGAACAUACCGGAUGAGGACUUAGAGAAACUAGCCGACAUGUACAAGGAGCACGGAGAGAUUCCGUACGCCAGUAGUGUGCUCACUAAUGGCAUAAGAGUGAGGAAAAAACGGAGUUUCUUCAUACGCUUCAUGUCGCCUGGCAACUGUUGGAAGGACGACGGGACGUUUUUUGCUUUAAUGGAGUUUCCUCACAGUUAUGAUCUUGCAAUCUUUACGUUGGACAAAACCUGCAAAAAUGUAUACGAGGGCCUCACGAGGACCAAGAGACUGCAUUUCGAGAGGCCGCUCAUUUUCUACGCCGUGCACAACAUUGUAUAUCCCACCGUACUGAAGAUCGUGCAGGAGAAAAACCUGCAGGUCGAGACCGAUAACGCCUACUACAUCUUCACCGUAUCGAAGGAGAAGGCGCUAGAAUUUAAUAUAGACUGCCCGGAAGAGGUCGUGCUGAGAAAACUGACCCCCGCCCAUUCGACGACCGUAGACAAGCACUGGCCCCACAACUUCGCACAUUCGCAGGAAUUUCUGUCCUCUCUCAUCGAGCUGGUGGGCGGGUGGGGUCUCUUUCUCAAAUCGAACAACGAACUCGUCACCUGGGGCCUGCUGACCGGCUUGGGGCAACUGGGUAUGAUCCAGACGGUCGAGAGCUAUCAGAAGAGGGGAUAUGCUAGCGUCAUAACCAAAGUCCUGUCCAAAAAGAUCGCCGAAAGGGACGAAGAUCCAGUGGGAACCGUCGCCGUGAAAAACGUGGCAUCGCAGAACAUGUUCGAGAAGCUGGGGUUCGAGAACAAGGGCCAGUGCAAUUAUGUUAAUCUUAAGAAGAUAAUUUGAACGCUACUUGUGAUAUUACGCUCUAAGUAAAAUAUAAGCUAUUCUUAUGAUUUUUGUGAACAAUGAUAUUCUAAUUGAUCGCGCUUAUUCGAUUGGAUGAUUUAUAUGGAAUUUAAAAAUUAUUAAUAAACUUUUUUUUUAU